CCUCAGUUUCUAGCGUGGAAUGUGCCCGCUCAAGACCCCCCGAGUCGACUACAAAGCUAUUAUUCCCUAAUUCACGACUUACUCAGAAGAGCACGAGAAGCUGGCUGGCAGCUUUGUGACGUAGCUAUUGCCCGGACUUAUACUUUAGCAAUCAACAUCCUAACUACUCUAAAGACCACUAGUGGUUUUGUUACACAAUUAAAUCCUAUGAAGAACAACAUUGCCCAGUUGAUAAUUGGUUUAAUAUGUCUUCCCGUCCUCGUGCACAUACUAGUGCGCAAAUUCCAGGUUGUAUGUCAAGACAAGAUUAUAGCUACAGAAUGUACAAAAACAGUCCAAGUUUUUAUAGAAAAAGAAGAAAAGCAAGAAAUUAGAAAUCUCCUCAAACUUAGCAACGACCUUGAUGUAACAACAGGACUACCUGAAGUAACCGAGGAAACACUGGAUAGCACAGUAAAUAAUGAUUGUUCAGAAGAGUCGGGGUUCCCAAUAAACCAUUCCAGUUCUUCUGAUGACAUCUAUCAAGAAGCUCAAACCAUACAGUCCGACGAGCAAGUUUGUACACCACACCAAAUUCAAACCAUACAGUCCGACGAGCAAGUUUGUACACCGCACCAAAUUCAAACCACACAGUCCGACGAGCAAGUUUGUACACCGCACCAAAUUCAAACCAUACAGUCCGACGAGCAAGUUUGUACACCACACCAAAUUCAAACCAUACAGUCCGACGAGCAAGUUUGUACACCACACCAAAUUCAAACCAUACAGUCUGACGAGCAAGUUUGUACACCAGACCAAAUUCGUGACGUUUGAGCAC